GUAUUCAGAGUAUUCUCUUCAGUAUAUUAUUCCGUGUCCGCAUUCUUCAAUGCCAAACAUCGGCCUCUAAAAAUCGCGCUUGAUUGCUGAAAGGUUUUCCAUGUUGCUAUUCCACAACUUCACAUGGCUCCGUGGAUAAUCAUCCUCAUGGCCCUGUGGCCACUCACCCUCAUCGGCCUCGCACCCAAGGCUUAUGCCUUACCACUGGGUCUGUACCACGACCUCCUAAAACGUGAAGAGCCCCCCAAGGCUCUUGGAUCCCACUCAGAAGCAGACUAUCUCCGGUGGCAGCCCUCCCUCGACUUCGACACCGACAGCUGCUACAAUGUUCCUGCCAUUGACACGAAUGGAAAUCUAGCCCAGGGCCUCCCCGUACGCAACACCUGCAACGAGUGCGACUGCCGUGAAAUGUCCGACCUGGACAACAACAAUGUGUAUGUGCGUAAGCGCUGCAACCACGGCUGGUGCGUAUACCUAUACGACUACUACUUCGAAAAGGACGUCGCCGGAGGAGGGAAGGGCGACGGUGGGCACCGACACGAGUGGGAGCACAUUGCGGUUUUUGUCGACGUAGGCUCUCAGGGGGACACACCUAGGCUGGACAUGGUGGCCGCCUCGAGACAUGGGGGGUAUGAGACUAGAGUAGCCGGGGAUGUGCGCAUGGAUAGGACGCAUCCCAAGAUUGUGUAUCAUAAGGAGAGGGAGGGGACGCAUUGCUUUCGGUUUGCGACGGAGGAGGAUGAGAGAAUCGAGAAUCACGCGCGCCGUUGGUUUAGGGGAGACGUGGUUGCGUAUGAUAUGUGGCCGAGUAGGCAGCUUAGGGACAAGCUGAUGACGUAUGAGUGGGAAGGGCCGGCGACUAUGGCUAUUAAUGAUGUAAAUUUUAAGAAGGACAUCGAAGUGGCGAGGAAUGGAGGUGCCCCUGGGUUUGACAGCAACGUCGACCAGUGACCCCAACUUAACUAGGGAAGAAGGAGAAGCAGAGGCAGUGAAAUAGGGGUUAGGUAAUUUGGAUAGAUCGCUGUGGGCAUAACACCUCCCUCUGGCUUACAUGCAUGGAAGAACUUUUCUCGCGUGCAAAGGCGUUUCAACGAACCAUAGUCGCACCUUCACGGCGUCCUCAUAUGUAGCCGAUAUUUUGUAGUCAAUCCAUUCCAUCACAUCCGAAGUCUCUUACGAUCUCAGACUAGUCGAUUGCCAGGGGAAUUAUGGGUUGGAUUGUG